AUGGUUUAUAGUAGAAAGCAGCCCAAUGGCAAUUAUUUUAUUACAAAAUUUCAAUCUGAUGCAGCAUACAAAAAUUAUUAUAGCAUACUGGCUAAGAACUACCAGCAUGUUUUGGCCUUGGUGUUUGCUGUGAAGGAGAUCAAUGAAAACCAUCUGAUCUUACCUAAUGUCACCUUGGGAUUCCACAUCUGUGAAAACUACUACAGUGCAAUGACAACCUAUCAUGCCACAAUGGAACUUCUCUCAACACAGAAGAAAUUUUCACCUAACUACAAGUGCAAUUUUCAGAAUAAUCUCAUAUCAGUCAUUGGGGCUCUUUAUUCGGAACCUUCCUUCCUCAUAUCACAUAUGCUGAGCAUCUACAAAGUUCCACAGUUCACUUAUGGCUCUGUUUCAGUGAUGAACAAUAAAAAGAAAACCCAUUCCUUCUACCAGAUGGUCCCAAAUGAAGGCUAUGAGUAUACGGGGAUUCUCGAGCUCCUUUUGCAUUUCAGGUGGACUUGGGUUGGGGCCGUUGCUAAAGAUGACGAGAAUGGGGAUAGGUUUGUGCAGACUAUGUUUGAAACAUUUUCUUUGAAUGGCAUCUGUUUGGCUUUCUCAGAAAGAAUCAGGACAGUGUAUGUUAAUGAGCUUUCUGAAGUGCUUGAUAGAUUGGUGAGAACGUACAGAGUGUGCAUGAACAGCAAUGCCAAUGUAGUCAUUGUCUAUGAUGAAAAUAUUAUAAUGUUCAGAUGGUUGCUCCAUCUACUAGAACUGGAAGUGGUGUCACUGGAGCUGAAAGGUAAAGUAUGGAUUAUGACAGUCCAGAUGGAGUUGACAGGACUACCUUUUCAAAUGAAUUGGGAUAUCCAAGUCAUCCAUGGAGCUCUGGCCUUCACUAUUCACUCAGAUGAGCUACCUGGAUUCCAGCGUUUUCUUUGUAUGAGAAACCAUGCCUUGAUUGAAGAAGAUGGUUUUAUUAGGUAUUUCUGGCAACAAGCAUUUGACUGCAUAUUUCCAGAGUUUACUGUUGGUGAGAACACUGAGAAAAACUGCUCUGGGGAUGAGACGUUAGAAAGUCUUCCUGGGUCUUUUUUUGAAAUGAGUCUGGUUGGCCACAGCUACAACAUCUAUAAUGCUGUUUAUGCUGUGGCCCAUGCUUUAGAUGCCAUGCAAUUAGGCAUACUCAACCCUAAACCCGUAAUGAAUGGAAGGAAAUGGAAACUUCAGGACAAGCAACCCUGGCAGAGAGUGAAAGUGGGAAGACUGGAUCCCCAGGCUCCUUCUGACAACCUGUUAACUAUGCAUGUUGAUAAAAUCACAUGGCACACUGAUUUUAACCAGGCUUCACCCCUUUCUGUGUGUACUAAUAGCUGCCUCCCUGGUUAUAGAAGGCAAAAGCAGGAAGAAACUCCAUUUUGCUGUUAUAAAUGCAUCAAAUGCCAAAAAGGAAAGAUUUCUAACCAGAAAGACAUGGAUGAAUGUUCUAAAUGUCCAGAAGAUCAAUAUCCGAAUAAACAGCAGGAUGUAUGCAUCCCCAAGAUUAAGAGCUUCUUGUCUUAUGGAGAACCACUAGGGAUCACUUUAGUCAUUUUGGCAAUUUCCUUCUCUUUGUUAACAGCAUUGGUUCUGGCAACAUGUAUGAAGAACCAUAACACACCCAUUAUAAAAGCCAACAAUCAAAACCUGACCUACUUUCUUCUCCUAUCCAUCCUACUCUGUUUCCUGUGCACUUUCCUGUUCAUCGGCCCACCUGGGAAGGUGAUAUGCCUGUUCCGGCAAAUUGGUUUUGGAAUUGUCUUCUCAGUGGCUGUGUCUUGUAUAUUGGCAAAAACAAUCAUGGUGAUUCUGGCUUUCAUGGCCACCAAGCCAGGAAGCCAGAUAAGGAAAUGGGUGGGGAAAAGACUGGCCCAUUUAAUUGUUCUUUGUUGCUCUCUUGUUCAAGUAGGUAUCUGUGCUGUGUGGCUUGGAACCUCUCCACCAUUCCCAGGUGUUGAUAUGAAUUCAGUGAAUGAAGAAAUUGUACUACAAUGUAAAGAAGGGUCACAUACCUUCUUCUACAUUGUCUUGGGCUACAUGGGCAUCUUGGCCAUUGCUAGCUUUACUGUGGCUUUCCUUGCUAGGAAGUUGCCAAACAGUUUCAAUGAAGCUAAAGUCAUCACUUUCAGCAUGUUGGUAUUCUGCAGUGUUUGGCUGUGUUUUUUCCCAACCUACAUGAGCACUAAAGGAAAAUUUGUGGUAGCUGUGGAGAUCUUCUCUAUUAUAGCUUCUAGUGCUGGGCUGCUAGGCUGCAUCUUUUUCCCAAAAUGUUACAUUAUUGUGUUGAGGCCACAGCUGAACAACCGAGAACAGCUAAUAAGGAGAUAA